GCAAAUUCCAUGAGCGAUGCACGACAGGACCGGGAAUUGAUGCUCAUAGCUGAGCAACAAGUGCAUUCCCGGCUGUGAUGGUUUCGUGUGUCCCAGAAACAUGAGGUAUUCACUUCAAAACAAACACCUCACCACGCUCAUUCCACAACUUUCAACCUUACUGCGGCAUGCUCAGUGCUCUUCGGUUGCCAAGUUUUGCCCUCAAUCGAUCCUGACGAUGUGUUUGGCGACAUUUCUCGGGAAAUUACUUACUCGAUUUGGGACCAUUGCGGCCUACGACUCUCAUUCCUUCAGCCCUCCAACGACUGUGUUGAGGACAGUUUCGAUUGAUCUGGUGGUCGUCGGCCCCUCCACUCCUGCCAUUCUGGUGUUGGUUCCUUGACGCCCCAGUGACAACUAACAGAGUACCAGGGACAAUCCUGAAGCGCCCACCGACAGUCGACAGUCAGUUGCAGGGCGUCAAGGCUUGUUUCGAGGAGGGCUAUACUGACACUAGGAAUCCAAUACUAUACAGCGUGUCCCAACAGUAUAGACCUGCAUCGAGCUACCAAACUUCCCUAUGUGCCGCCUCGACACGAAAAUUGCAUCGUGCUAGGGACUUUGUCUGCUAAUGGAGGAGACGAACCCUUUUCGCGAGCCUAGAACGAUGCGGUCGCCUUUGACGGACGCGAGCAAAAGGAUAAACAGCUGCCAUACACCUACUACGGACCGCGGUGCAACUAGGGAGGACUACAUGCUAACAUCGCCGGAACCAAUGUCGAUCGCGACUAGCCCUUUAUCAACAAGGACAAAUGCGGAAAAGAACUGCCUUUCGCCGGUGACGGAUUCUCGAGCUGGCUCCAAACGGGAUUCGGCGGUAUCAGCCGCUUCGAUCGUCUCAGGGAAGGGGAAAAGAAAGACACACGUUGGACCAUGGCAACUUGGUAGAACCCUCGGUAGCGGUGCCACUGGCCGCGUGAGGCUUGCAAAACAUGCGGCGACGGGCCAAACGGCGGCGAUCAAAAUUGUGUCGAAGAAGUGUGCUGCCAUCUCCCAGAGUGAUAGUAUCGCUGCGAUGGAUAAGAGCGCCGGGAACUUCAUUGGGACAGGAACAAGACAGAUGCCCUCCGGAAUCGAACGUGAGGUGGUGAUUAUGAAACUCAUUGAGCACCCCAACGUCAUCAGUCUAUACGAUGUCUGGGAGAACCGAGGAGAGCUGUACCUCGUGCUUGAAUACGUUGAAGGAGGCGAACUUUUCGAUUAUGUUUCUAAACAUGGACCACUCCCAGAGGAAGAAGCCGUUCGGCUGUUCCGACAGAUAAUCGCCGGGCUCGGGUACUGUCAUCGUUUCAACAUCUGCCAUCGGGACCUGAAACCAGAAAACAUCCUACUAGACGGUGACCACAAUGUUAAGCUGGCGGACUUUGGUAUGGCGGCACUCCAGCCAGCAGGUCACUGGCUCAAUACCUCUUGCGGAAGCCCUCAUUAUGCGGCACCAGAGAUUAUUUACGGCCGCAGGUAUAGAGGUGACAAGGCGGAUAUAUGGAGUUGUGGGAUUAUCCUGUAUGCUUUGCUUACAGGAUUUCUCCCUUUUGACGGAGGAGAUCUUCAUACCACUUUACAGCUGGUUAGGAAGGGCGAUUAUAUGAUCCCGCCAAAUGUCAGCGAUGAGGCGGCGGAUCUUAUACAGAGGAUUCUGCAAAAGAAGCCGGACGAUCGCAUCAGUAUGAGGGAAAUGUGGAAGCACCCGCUUUUGAAGAAGUAUGAAAAGUUCCACCAGGCGAUAUGUAACCACCAUCUGGGCCCUGCGCCUCCAUUAUUGCCUGAAGAUUGUGGUCCGCCGGUAGUAAGGCAAGAUAUUGAUGUCGACCUCCUGAGAAAUCUGCAAACGCUAUGGCACGAUGUCAAACCCGAACACCUCAUUGAGAGACUGCUGAGCCUCGAACCGACUCAGGAGCGGAUGUUCUACUAUGCGUUGGUUAAAUUUAGGAACGAGCAAUUGGAAAACUACCAAGGCCCACAGCUGAAAUAUUCUGCAAGCGACUACCACCAUAUCUCGCGGGGACAGGCCCGCCUGUCCAAACAUCUGCAGAACCGCUCGCAUGGACCACGACGCUCUCAGGUUCCGGCCGUUAAGGAAACUGGGAAACGCCGGCGUCCGACCAAAGAGCCCAAAUCGUCAUGCACAGUAGAAAGCUAUGAUCCCUUCCGAUCCCCUUUCAAUCGAGCACCAGAAGGAUCCCCUGAGUACGCACGAGUGACCAUUCAUCGCGAUAAACCUGCAUCGCCUCCGAAACAGACUCAUGUUCAGAUCACGGCGCUGUCAAAUCCGUUUCUCGGCGACGAACAGGAAGAGAUAGGGAGCCAGCAAAGUCCUUCAUUUACCGUCGUGCACAAAAAGAGACCCAAGGUGAACUCUGUCAAGUCGUUCCACUCUAAAGCCUCGCUCUCUGGGUCACGUCGCGCCGUCAACCGCAUGUCAACUCCUCGCUCCGCCAGCUAUAAACGGGGUGUUAGUUUCCGCCACACCUGGAAUCGCUCACAGGGCUCCAUGUCAUUGAAAACAAAGAGAGGCCGUACUGGCUACAAACGACAACAAAGUGAAGGGAGUCUCAUAUCUGUGUUUGACGACGAUCCAUUCUCGGACCCGUACGGUAGUCCCAUGCUCCCAGCUCAGCCGGCUGUUGUCCGCGGCGCCGGAAUCGCUAUCAAGAGUACUGCCGAGCGGAGAGUACAGCACUCUGACAUCAUUUGGAAGGAUGAUGCUCGGAAAGUAUCCCACGAACUUAGCCAGAUCUGUGAAGAAGCUUUCAAUGGUAGCUCGCUAUCGACUGGUUGCACAGAUACCACCUGUGUCGGCUCGGAAACCCCAGCCACAUCCAUUUCGAUAGCUAGCCCCGGAAUUUCCAAUGAUCGGCUGGUAGGCAGCAGUUCAACGGUGUGCUUAGCACCACGUACACUAGGGGACUCACCGAAGUCCACUUAUGCCAGCAAGGAGCUUGAAGAAACACGCCGCAGACUAAUCGAGCACUCGAGCAAGGGAGGUUCCAAAGACAUUCCAGGUUACCUUGCGAAGGUCAUAAGUCACCUUGAUCGCUUGAUUGAGCAAGAAAAAACGAGGACCCAGGGAAGGAAAUUGACCACUAAUGAGGGCCAUAGUUCAGCAAGCGAUCUUUUCUCCGGAUCAGCUUUGGAUGAGAGUCACCUGCCGGUGAUAUCUGAGGAGUUAAAAGCCACAACUGGCUGCCUGGGUAAACACAAUCACCAAGGAAGGCAUGCCUCAGAUUCAACUGCUGCAAGCAGCCAACGAAGUGACAUUAGUGGCGGUAAACGGUCAAUCCGCAUGGUCCCUCAGAGUUCCUUCCAGUCAAUAGGGAACGCCGAUCCCUUGACAGUUCAUAAGCAACGAUCCUCGUCUGAUAAAGAUGGUGUUAUACCAGAACUCGACAACACCCAACCCGUGGCCUCGCGUGCCGCGUCUAUUAAUUCCAGAUACUGCCGCAGUCCUUGUGAGCUAGAUCCUAUCGAUGAGCAUCCCGCGUCACCGCGUCGCGGUGGCGUCCGCGUUUCAGACCACAAGAAGUGGUCUUGGUUUCGAAAAUCUCAGAACAUUGAAGAAGAUGCAGCGAGAACCCCAAAAGUGGUUAAGCCUUUGCAUCCGAGUUCCGCUACUGUCAUUGUCCACGAGAGCAAUGCUCCGCCUGAAGCAUUGUUGACGCCGGGACACCAACAAAAGCCCUUAAAACCGUCAUCUAACUCGCAAAAGAGUUCAUUUUGGAGAUUUAUGAAGCGAAAGUCAAGCAGAAACAGCGGCUGCGAACCCACGAGCCCCCACCUAGAACGCCCAUUGGCCGCCGAACAACUGGUGAAUCAUGAUCCCUCGAAAGCCCGUCAGAGGUCCCCAGGCAAAAGCAACAACUGGUUCGCCCGCGUCUUCCAAUUCAAACCCGCCACUCGCGUCGUAGCUCUCAACACAUCUAAGAUCAAAGGCCGCAAGGAGGUUUACAAAAUGCUCCGUGAAUGGAAACAGUACGGAAUCGAAGACAUCCGUUUGGACAAAGCCAACAAUAUUAUCUACGGUCGAGUUGGGGAGUCAAACUUCUUCCGCCUCAGUCCCGUCGAAUUUUCUGCAGACUUCUAUACUGUUAUUGAAGACGGCCGGCAAGCAAACCUCAGCCUGGUUCGAUUCCGACAGGAACGCGGUGCCGCUUCGUCGUUCAAUAAAGUCGUCGAUACACUCUGUUUAGUUAUGAAGCAACGGGACCUCCUCGUCGAAGACCCAAUACGCGCGAAGAAGAUGGCACGAGUCCUCGACACCUUUCCAAAUACCUAGAUAUCCCGGCACCAAAACACCCAAAAGAGUUUACGUCAACUUACACGGAUCUGAAUUGGCAGGACUACUUUAUAUUGUACCGUACAUGACCUACGUGUCGAGUAUCUGGCUACUUCUAAACUUGACCUUUUGCACUGUCGACGUUUCUGUUGGUUGGUCGGACGCAAAUCAGGAAGGCACAAUGCCGUGAGAAACCCACUAUCUGGCUUCCAUUAUUUGGUUUGAAUGGCUUCGCUGACCAACCUUGCCCCCGGUCAAUGUUCCUGAUUACAAAACUUUCCCUAGGCCCUCGUUACUUGCAAAUUUUCCUUUGUGAUAUGCAGUUGCUCUUCUCGCUUCUUUUGGAGGACAGCGUACCCACCGCCAGCAGUAGUAUAGUGUUUAGUAGCUAAUUCCAAAUGAGAAACAUAAACAUACCCCUGUAAAGUUUGAGGCUGCCUGAGGGAGAUAAUGGGUAACUGCAAUGUGAUUUAGAAGGUAUCUAUCAAGGACAAGUCUAGCAGUGUAAGAUUAAGGUUACUUGUAGUCGAGAUCAGCCGGCAAGACCAAAACCCUCAAAUAGGACGCAAGGACCAUUCAAUCAAGAUUAGAAUCUUCGCAAAUCAUAAUGAACUAGAAAAUUGAUCAGACAGCCUCCCAGGAUAAAGACAAGAAGAACGGCAAAAAUGGACGAAACACUAAGACAGAAGGUGAAUAGGCAAAUGGCAAAACCAAGCAGAGAGCCUCCCUAUUUUUCUUUACCCCCUCUUCUCUUCUCGCAGAAAGACGGUGUCGGUAUAGCCACCCAGUAGUAAUAGCAUCAGGCAAGUUUUAACAAACAAGCAAGGGGAAAUGAAUCAUAACCAGGAGUAGUCACUGCUGGAUAUAGAUUGGCGAUGAUGAGAAACGCAAAGACAAAGAGCCACCCGAAAUGUGUUGAAAGCGAAAACGAAACGAGGCGAAACAUGACUAGUAGGGCGUAAAGGGUAGUAAAAUCAACAAAUGCUGCGCGAGUUGAAGCCGCUCCCAAACAGAAGGGCAAAAAGCAAAGUUCCACACCAGACUUCGCUUCAUAAUUUCAAGACGAAGAAUACCGCCGGCUAAAUGCAAUAUCUUUUGUAAAUUCCGUGGUGGCAUGGCAUGGUUUAACUCCCGGGUUGACCGCUUGCCGAUGCGAAGUGUGACACGCGGUCAGUCCAGGAGUUAAGCCUUGAAACAUGCCAGAAACCCAUGGUCCAGACCGAUGUCCAGAUGAAGACAGUAGGGAAAAAGAUCCCAUUAGCGGGUUGCCCCGAAAUAGUUUAUAAAAUCGUAACGCAUGUCCUCCAAAAUGCACACAAUACCUCCUCAUGAUUCGUGUUGAUCGCUUCGGUGCGGGUCUGAUUCGAUUCAUAGCGAGAGGUCGACUGACUGUUCGCAGGUUGUGACUGCUAACUUGAAUAAAAGAGUUGUCGAGAGCAAAUUCAUGUCUAUGAUUGCACACUUCUUCGUCAUCAUGUCGCUUGCCGAACUCAUAUAUUCGUAAUCGUCGAACAAAAUUGGCGAAAUAGCGUAUCUCGUUCUCUCGUUAGAUCUGUAAUCCUAAAUUGUGCCAGCACAAUUCUUCCGGAACGAUGUAUCCAGCUCCUAAGGAAGUCCCCAGCUUUUCCUGUAAACGCUUCACGCCGAAUUUUCUUCAGGUUUUUCUUUUUCUUUUCUUGUCCCCUUAUUUUUUUUUUUUUUAAAAAAACUUUUUUUCUGCUCUUGGUUCAGGCUCCGUCCCAUUUUUCUCCACGCAAUUGCAGCCUAAUUUGAACUCGGACAGGAAAGCAAAGUGUGGCCGGCACACCGUUCUCUGCCACUAAUCUCUACUUGCCAUCACAAGUCAUCCUGUUAAACUGUGGGUGCCACCCAUGUUGGCUCUCCCGUGGCUCCGUUAGAUGGACGCGGCAGACGUGGGGAAUUCGUCUACUGACCCAAGCCACGCCGGUUCAAAGCAUUGAGCAUAUCGCUGUCAGUACUGGAGCGGCCUGGGUUAUCACCGCCGGGAUUGAGCAUAUCCCGCACAUUGAGACCAUUGCGAGUCGCAGAACCGGGAGUAGAGGUUGGCGGGGGUGUGAUUGCAUUCGGAGGAUGGACCGGAGGGUAGGGAGAACCGUGAGGGGAGGACGAAUGGCGGUUGUCAUAUGGGUAAUUAGCCUGCGGCGAAGGGCGGCGCUCAUGCGCAGCAGGAGGUGGGGCAUAGUAGGGAGCGGCGCGGGACUGGUAGGGCGCGGAUGUAGCUGGCGUAACAGGGGCGAGAUUAGUAGGAUCGGGGUAAUCGAAUCCAGAACCGGAGCCGCGGCGAGGUCUCUGUUGGACGAGUAAAACAUGAGGUUAGCAAUCAGAUAGAGAAAGGAAGCAAAGCUGCAAUGCGUCAAUUGGAACAUACGUGAUCUGCCAUGGGUGCUGGAUUGCCAUAUGCGGGUUGGUACAUUCCAUUUGGCGGUGGAAGUGUUGUCUCGGGGCCUGGCGGAGGUUGAUGUUGGGGUGGCAGGGGUUGACCGUGGGCACCGUAAAGCACGACUGGCUCUCCUUGGUUUUGACCGUUCCUCAUAUGUGGGUAUGCAGCGUGGGCGGGCACAAACGCCUGAGUCUGAGAGGACACUGGGGUAAACAUGCACUGCUGGUUGAAGCGCACGCAAUUGCUGCAGCGUCCAUCCGGGUUGCUCUCGAAUCCAGAGCAUCGAAUCUAUUAUGACAGGCCAGUUGUUAGCUAGAACUGAGAUAUCGAGCAGCACGCGACUUGCGAGUGAGAUGAUUCGGCACAUACCUUCCGUCUCCUACAAUAGCGACAAGCGAUGGCCGUUCUCUGUCGAGGGGCAGCUUGAUAGACAACUCCCGGACCCCCGGGGGGUGGAGGUGGAGGCUGUUGUGCGAAUGGAUCCGGCCGGUAGGCGUUAGGCGGAGGGGGAAGCCGAUAGGGGUCUUGUGGUGGGCCUGGGUGAACGGCAGCCAUGGCUGGGUGAGGAGGAUAUUGCGUGUGCGGAGGAUAUUGCGCCGGCGGCGGUGCGUAUUGGUGGGUUGGUGGUGCUGGGCCCGUUGGAGGAUAAGAGGCUGGAGGGUACUGGAAUGAGAGCAUUUGUGUUAGUGAUGGCUGAUUGCACUGGUGGUGGAGGCAAGUAAACGUAGCAAGAGUUGACAGAGAUCGACAGAGGAAGGGCGAGCGGCGAAGAGGAGUAUAUUUAUAGACCAGUGAUGACGGGGAGUGAGGAUGUAUAAGAAACAUACAGGGUAUUGCGAAGACGGUGGAUAAGAGCUCUCGUCGGGCUGACUGGUGUUCCACUGAGGCGGUGGAUACUGUCCCUGUCGAUUGGGGCCGUUGCCGUUCGGGCCGGUGUAAUCGUGGGGAUUGUUGGACAUUUGUAGGCGAGUGAGCGAGAGAGGCUGCUCAAACCACGGGAAAGGCGGACUGGGGAGGAGUUAAGAAGAGAGGGCGAAUGCAGGAUGAUGUAUGAAAAAUCGAGUGGGCUCGUCGUUAGGCUCAGGGCCGCGCAGGGGUGACCAAACCAAUGGCGGCGGACGGAGCCGUUUGUUGUAUGUAAGCGUAAGACGGAUUGGUGUAAAGGACCGUAUGGUAAGGGUGAGCCAGCAGGAGGCGGGUGGAUGCUAAAGGAGCGAAUGGAGGUGAGUCUGUGCAGGGAUGAAUAAUAAUAGAGGCGUUAAGUCUGAGGCGCAAGAAGAACAAUUCAGAGAAGAGACCAAAUCACAGCGAGUUUCCGUCGGGUGAUGUGCAGGGCUAGCUAGCCUCGUGGUCACACUGGGGCCGAGCAGAGGGCAAAGGGAAAGAACAAAAGGAAAAGAGAGGGCUGAAGAUUGGAUUAACCCAGAGAGGGAAUUUUGG